AUGCUUCGAUUCAAUUUCCGUCGUGAACUCUCCAAAUCCUCCGCGAUUUUCCGCCGGAAGAUACACAGCGAUCUCGAAGAUGCCGGCCCGAUGGCGUCUCGGCUUAAAUCCCGUUCCGUUGUCCGGUUUAGCGGACCGGAUACGGUUAAGUUUCUUCAGGGUUUGCUAACCAACGAUGUGCGGAGGUUCGGCGAAUCCUCCGGCGAGAAAAGCUCGGCGGUCCCCACGCCGAACAUGGCUUCCGUUUCGACGCCGCCUAUGUACGCCGCGCUGUUAACUCCUCAAGGCAGGUUUCUGUACGAUUUUUUCCUGUAUAGCCCGUCGCGACCGGAGGAGAGGCUCGAUCGGACUGGCUCCGGACCCGGGUCUGAUUCGGGUCUUGAUGGGUCGGUUGAGUUGUUUGCAGAUGUUGAUGUCUCCGUCCUCGAUGAAUUGCUGGAAACUCUAAAAAAAUAUCGCUUGAGGUCCAAAGUGGAUAUUGAAAACGUUGCGGAAGACUUCUCUUGUUGGCAGCGUUACGGUAGGAAUCUCUCUGGAUCUUCGUCUGUUGGUUGGGGCGGUGGCGUUGAUCGUGCCGGUGAAUCUACAGCUAGUGGUAACAAGUGUGGUUGGCAAUGGUAUACGGAUCCAAGAUUGGACUGUCUCGGUUACAGAAGCAUCUUUCCUUCCGAUGCAACCCCGCCAUUGGUUGAGGCAGAUAAAGAAACAGAUGAAAGCAAUUACCUUUUGUGGAGAUUGGAGCAUGGAGUAGCUGAAGGAUCAGCUGAAAUCCCUAAAGGGGAAGCGAUACCGCUUGAAUAUAAUUUUGUUGGUCUGAAUGCGAUAAGCUUUGAGAAAGGGUGUUAUGUUGGUCAAGAGCUUAUAGCGCGUACUCACCACCGAGGUGUCAUCCGCAAACGCUUAAUCCCGUUACGGUUUAUCGACAGCAAUGAGGAAGAGUUUACGCAGAAAGUUGCAGCUGGAGCGGAAGUGGUUGAAUCAAGAACGGGCAAGAAAAUGGGGACGGUUUCGACGGCUUUGGGUAGCCGGGGAAUGGGUGUUAUGAGGGUCGAGGAAGCCUUCAAAGAUUCGGCUCAAUUGACGGUUAAUGGUUCAGAGGAUGUGAAAGUCGAGGCGGUUAGACCGUCGUGGUGGCCGCCUGAGUGGUUCCAACAUAAUCAAUCAGAAACAGCCACCGCCGCGUAG